AUGCUCUUUAAAAUCUUGACUGCCCAACUAUUGAACCCUCCCAAGCAUUGUGCUGAAAAGCCACAUCGGACACAUUUCUUUUUAGUUUUGAGAGCCAACAACCCUGAACCCGCUCAAGUCUCACUUGAGCCAUCUUCCUGGGAAUCCACAGAUCCACGCAAGGCAUUUCUCGAGGGUAUGGGCAAAAUAGCCAUCCAAGAUCAAUACCACACUUCCUUGAUCCAACUGGUUUUCAAACGUAUUUGGGAGAAGCCCGAUAUGACGGAGGGAGAGGUCAAGCAAUGGCUCGAAGUUUUGGCAUAUUAUUUGGAGAAAGAUAUAACAACAAGGGAUCCAACUGCGAAGCAAAUCCCAGUGUCUGUCUUGUAUGGCCUUCAUAGCCUUCAAUUGAAGUAUCACCAGAAUGGCCAGCUUCUUCCUCACAUCAUGGCCACAUCAGCCGUUGUGCAAGGAUACCUUGAUAAGAUCAAGCCAACAGUUAACAUUAAAGAUCUUGAGAAUGUACCAUGGCAGAAAGAGAUGCUAUUUCCAUCACAAGGAUUUAGCAGGCAACUAGGUGAUAUGAAAAGUUACCAGAAACUGAUUCCAAAUGACCAAGAUUUUAAGAAUGCAAUGGAUCCAAAUGUCAGAACCAGUUUACAGGGCUUAACAGCUUUGAAGGAAAAACUCUCUUCAUUUUCAGCACACAAGAGGGUCUUAGUUCUAGCAACAUUUUUUCAAGUGCUCAAGGCAAAUCCACACGAUGCAAUGGCUGCAAAUCUGUUAAGAGAAAUUCAUCAAUCAAGUCCCUUCCAACAUGAAAAGGAACUGAUCACUUUUAUAUUACAACAUAAGCCUAACAAAAGCCAGUCAAGGAUACCAAGUACCUCCUCCUCCUCCUACCAAAGAAUCACAUAAAUCCAAAAAUUAUCAGAGUGAUCUCU